AUGCGCGCCUUUAUGAUGCUUUGCCUGCUCGCCGUCGCCCGGGGCCAGUAUGAUUAUACGCCCCAGUCCCAAGCCGGGGAUGGGCAUGGCGGUCUGAUCGGCAGCCCCGAUGGCGGCGCCGCCCAGCUGUCGGAGCCGAUACUCAUUGCCAAUGAGUUCAACAAGGAGUUCUACACGUACAGUGCACCGGAGCAGGAGUUCGACAAUGGACCCGUUAACGAGCAGAUCGCCAACAGUUUGCGCAAGAAUCUGCGCGUGCUCUUCAUCAAGGGGCCGGAGAACACGGGCCUGGAGCAGGCGGCACUGCAGCUGGCCUCGUCCGCCUCGGACGAUCGCACCGCCAUCUAUGUGCUUAAUAAACAGGCCGAUGUCGGCGAGCUGGCCAACCGACUGAACCAGGUCAAGCUGCAGACGAACAACAAGCCGGAGGUGCACUUCGUCAAGUAUCGCACGCAAAGCGAUGCGGAGAAUGCACAGCGCAUCAUCCAGGCCCAAUACGAUUCGCUGCCCGGCCGCUCGACCAAUCACAAUGCCGGCUCCUCGGCGCCAGUGUUGGACUUUGCCACAAAGAACGGCGCUAUUGGCGCAGCCACAGGCGAGGCACCAUCAAAUAGCGCGUACUUGCCACCCAGCCGUAGGUUUUAA